AUAAGAACAAAAUUUCACCACUCAUCCCUUGAAUCGUGCGGCUGAAAAUUAGGAGAUCUAAUUUGAAAAAAAAAAAAUACGACGGCUGCUAACAAAGUUGGUAAGAGUGUAUGAGUAAUAAUAAGUAAAGGGCAUUUAGGUAAACGUACAAAAGAGUAAUUGGGAUGCAUAUUAACUUCCCGACAACUGUGUGCACAUAUUUUGAGCGAAAAACUCGAAGGCGAUGGAGAUCUCCGAUGCACGGCGAAACUGAAGGCGACGGAGAUCUAGAUAAGUUGUCUACACAGCGAAACUAAAGGAUCGAUCGAUGACAAAACCCUUGAAACCAGUGCAUCAUCCAUGGAGAAGAAAAUGGAAGUGGGGUGGAAUCAACAUCUGGACCAUCUGGUGAUACUGCAGAAGAAGGAAAUGGGUAUGGUUAGAAGAAGUGGCAGAUUGUUGUAUGUAAAGCAAGCAUAAAGACGGAGACGUAGAUUCGCAUCGCUUGAGUGUGAGGAGAGAGGAGAGAAACGCAGCCGCAACCAUGAGUUUGGCAGCGAAUGAAGAUUUCCAGCACAUUCUACGUAUCCUGAACGCCAACGUUGAUGGAAAGCAGAAGUUUAUGUUUGCCCUCACUUCCGUCAAAGGUAUGGGCCACCGAUUCGCCAACAUCUGCUGCAAAAAAGUUGAUAUUGACAUGAAAAAAGGGUUGGUGAACUUUCUGCAGCAAAAAUUGAGAAUUUGAUGACAGUGGUUGCAAACCCAAGGCAGUUCCAGAACCCUGACUGGUUCCUCAACAAGCAGAAUGAUUACAAGGGUGGGAACUACUCGCAGGUUGUCUCCAAUGCGUUGGAUAUGAAACUCAGGGAUGAUCUUGAGUGUUUGAAGAAAAAUCAGAAUCACCGUGGUCUGCGACAUGUACUACGUACUAGGGUAUGCGUGUAUGUGGACAACACACUAAGACUACUGGGCGCAGGGGAAAGACUCUUGGUGUCUCGAAGAAGCGUUAAACAUAGUUUUCAUUUAUCCCAUUAUGUUUUUUUAGAUGCUGUUUUUCAGGUUUUGGUUUCAUAUUCAAUGAAUGAAUGAGGUUCUUCACAUAGUAACUAUGAGCUUUUAAAAGGUUCUCAUCAUUGUCAACUGUCAAGAUUUGUGCAAAAAAAGGAAAGAUGAAGACGUAAAUGAGAUAAGGGGCUAAAGAUUGGAGAUGUGGAGUGAGAAAAGGAGAUGCAAAACAACCGGGUGCAUUACGAAUGAGAUAGUGUGCAGCAAUCGUAACGACAUGCGUCUAUGAGAAGAACGAGAGAACUUGGAGCAAGCUAAGGAAUUUGCCAUAGCAAAACAAAUGAAAGCUAAACCCAUUUAAAUUUCUUAUUUUAGUAGUACGCACUUUGUAAUAGGUUGGUAGCACUUGAUAAAUUUGAGAUGCUUUUGUAUAUAAUCAACUUGUUCAUAGGUAUACUAUGUUGUUUUGAUAUUUCAAAUUUCAGAGAAACUUAAGGCAAUAUGUGG